AUGCGGCAUCGCGAUGCGUUGAUAGAGAGGAUCAUUGAGCUCCAGGAGACGCUGAACGAGAUGACGCACAGGGCUGAGGAUGUCAAGCUGCAUAAUGCUGCUCUAGAGGAAGAGAAUGAUCUUCUGAGGGAGUACAUUAGGAACUUGAUAGCACGGGUAAUGCAUGACUGA